AUGGCGCAUCCCACUACCCCGGCUUCCCAGACACCAAACUCCAUUUUUGGUGCUGGUGACAGCCUCGUGCUGGCCGACGCAUCAAGCCACCAGUCUCCGACGACGCCCUCCAUUAUGGCUGCUCCGACACCCCCGGCCGUCCUCCCCGACUCCAAUAACACCUACAUAAUGGCCAAUUCACCCGCCAAGGCCCGUCCCUCGGUCGACGGCUACAGGCCCAAGGUCACUCGUACCCUGGGCCAACGGCCGGCUUGCCUUGUCAAUGCUUCCGUCACAUACUGCGGCAACAAUGAGAUUUAUGCUUUCGGCGGCUUCGACCAGUACACCGACGAGGUCUAUAACCAUGUCUUGCGACUCGACCUUGCCAGCAACCAAUGGAGUCUGGUUGACAACUAUGGUGACAUCCCAGGUGUACGCAUGGGGCAUACUGCAACACUUUAUCAAGGCGACAAGCUGCUUGUAUUCGGCGGCGAAAACGAACAUCGCACUUACCUCUCCGAUUUAAUCAUCUUCGACCUUAAAACCGCACACUGGACCCAGCCAGCCGUCUCUGGUCCCAUACCCAAGGGCAGAGCCAGACAUGCCGCAACACUACACGAGGAUAAACUGUUUAUUAUCGGCGGAAUCACUGGCACAAACAACUAUGUUCUCGACGAUAUCUGCUAUCUCGAUUUGAAAACAUUUACAUGGUCCAAAACCUGGCGCUUUAUUGGUCGCUUUGAUCAUUCUGCCUGCAUCUGGGGUGAGCGCCUCUGGGUGUUUGGCGGCCUCAGCGAGGACAUGGACAAGGUCAGCGACUUGUGGUGGCUUGACCUGAAGGGCGUCCCCGAGUUCGACUCGCGGCCUCAAAUCGGUGUCUAUGAUCGGCCGGCUAGUGGCAAUCGUACUGAUUCCCCACGACCUCCAUACACAAUGGGACACAGCACAGCAGUUGGAACUACCGGGUAUGCAGCUAAUUCGCGUACUGCUCAAGUCAACCCUCCCUCCGUACAGCUCAAGGCCUAUGCACCGAUGGCCCCCGGUGCGAUAUCUGCUCUGAAAUUUACUUCGGGCCCCAACAUCCCGUCACAGGGCUCUGGUAUUCAUUUUCACAUCUACUCGUCGGGUACUUUGCUCGACUUUGUUUCACCUGCCGCCACCAUCACACAUCGAGAAUGCUCUCUGUCCGCCCUGGACCUGACCUCAUUACGAUGGCAAAAGCUGGCAGACGGCCACGAAAUUUUUAAAUCGGGCUAUCGAUGGCACUAUUGUACUAUGAAUGAAGAUGGCACCAAAGCCUGGUUGCUUGGUUGCCCACUUGACCCUGUUGGGCCAGAAUUCGGCCCCGGGGGCUACGAGCUAUAUCUUAGUGAUGUUAUGGAAGUUGACCUCCGGCGCUACGGCCUCCUUGGCAAUAAGCUGGCGCCGCAACCAAAUGUCGAAAGUCGACCCUCGGCCUUGGCCCGGCCGCUCGACCAGCCCUCACAUGGCCUCGGCGCAGACUUGGCCAAGACGUUUGAUCAGCCACCAGAGUCGGGCAGCGGCACGGACUUUCUCAUCACAGCACUCGCAGAUGGCGCAGAAGACGAUGAGAUGCUCAGCUCCGGCCUCAUUCACAGCGGGGAAGAGUCCGACGAGAACUGGCUGGCACCCGGCGCCGCGACAUCGCCGCCCAUUCACGUGCACAGGCUGAUAUUACAAGCACGCUGGGAUCACUUUUCCAGACUCUACAACGCGCAGAUGGCCGAGUUCCACACGAAAAAGAUGCAUAUCCCGGAGCCGUACCCCGUCGUACGCGCGUUUCUACUAUACCUGUAUACCGAUAGCAUCCACGGUACCGUCGAGCCCGGCGGCCCAACCGCGACCGGCAUUGACGAGGUCACCGGCCUACUCGUCAUGGCCAACAUAUAUGGCAUCCCGCACCUGCGGCUGCUGUGCGUCAACCGCCUCGCGCGCGAGCUCGACGUCGACAACGCCUGCUUGAUCUGGCACGCGGCUGGUCUCGCUGACGAGGGGUGGCUGCGCAAGCGAGCCGCCACCCUAUGCAUGACGCACUGGGGCCGCAUCGUCCGCACCCACGGCUUCCUCCGCCUCCCUCGCCACGCCCUCGUCGCCCUUUCACAAGAGGUCGAUAUGGAGGGCCGGGUCGUCGCCGGCGACGAGCUCGAGUGGUCUGGCAUCGGGGCAGCCGCAGCCGUAGGCCGGGGCGGUGGUGCUGGCACCGGCGCCGGCCGCUACGGUGACGAUAACGACCGCAAAGGCAGCAUCGGCAGUCAUCAGCUCGCAGAGUCCGAGACUGAGGUUGACGAUGAUGACGGCAUGGAGAUUAACUAG